CCUUUGACAGACAUUGCAUUAUUGAAGCUCUUUGCCCUCAUGGCAUCCAAUACAUGCUGGAGGUUACCGGACUGUUUUCGGGCAGGACUCAGUACUGAGCAGGAUGGAGCCAUGACUGUUGGAUCAUCAUCUCCCAGAGUCAGAAAGGUCUCACCUUCUAAGUCAAAAUUUUCCAAAUUUACACAACACCUACCAUUUUUCAAACGGAAUAAUCACGUUCAGGACGUUCCGGACGUUCCAGGUGAAGUCAAGUAUAAAGAAGUUCUGUUAUCCUUCCAGCAGAACCUACAGCAGCAUCACUUCGCAGUGGCAGAGAAGCAGCUGAUUUGUUGCGAGGAGAAGUUGUUUGCAUUGAAGCAAGAUGAGAUUGAAUCCAGCAUGCCCAUGUUGGAGGAAAAGGAGGAAUUGAACAAAGAUAACAGAGACCUUUUAAACAGAGUUAUGUCAACAAUUGAGAUGUCUUUUGAUGUUCAAACUGACGAAGCGAAAGAAAUUUUAAAAGAGGCUGUCUUAGUCAUAGACCAAGAAGAAGAGCAGGACAGGAGAUGGGAAGGGGUUGAGAAUUAUCCUUCAUGGAGGCCAAUGUGUUACAGAGAUGAUCAUGACAGACUGCUUCAGAGAAUGGUGUUACAGCGGAUGGAAGAGGCAACGCUAGAUUCAAACAUUACCCUUGGAUCUUCAGUUCAACGGGAGAUCACUGCCAGGGGUAAACAACUAAAGAAAGACCUGCUGCAAAUUGCAAAGAAUGUGCAGACCUGCUACCCAAAAGAGAAUGUGUGCCAACUGUAUGCCAAAAUGUACCAUCAAGUUUUUUGUGAUAAGCUCAGAGAAAUUGCUGAGUAUGGACUUGCUGAUGAUGACUGCAGACAUGUACUUCAGUGGGUGAACACUUUUUACCCUGAGAUUUUGAGGCAUGAAAUACUCUCUGGGGUGAUUGAAUAUGAACAUUUUGAGCCUCUCCUACCUACAAGUACUCUUAAGCAGUUGGAAGAACAGUUUUUGGUUGCUAAGGAGAAUGAACUGCGUACAUGGUGUCAAUCAGCCUUGAGCGCUGAAAAGGAAGCUGAUCCUAAACUGAGGGACAAUUGCUACUUAAGCCAUCUAGCCUUUGAUGUGAUUCAGUGUGUCAAUGCUUUUCUUACAUCAUCAACGAAUGUGCUGGGCUCUUGGUCAAAAACACAGAGAAUCACACAUCAGUUAAAAGAUUUUUUUAUUAAUUACCAGGAUUUCCUUGAAAAGGUAAUUGAGGAUAAUCAGGUGACUGCUGAUGCUGUAUUGAAGGCCAACCUGCCUUGUAUCAGAGAUUUCAGGGAUUAUAUAAUGACAAAUCCAAAUCACUUCCCUCAACACGUCCAGAAUGACUGUAUAGAUCUGCUGACCAGGACAAGAGACACAUGCCACAAUUAUUUCAUCAAACCAAUCCAUAAAGCCCUCAAGGGAACGUAUUCUAAAGUGGGCACCAGAGAAUGGAUUAAACACAAUGAAGAUGUGUGUAAUGAAUUGCUUGAAGGGGUGGAUAAACAGAUUCAGGAAAUUAGAAAUCUGGAUGAGGCGUGCCUUAAGGACCUGGUCAGCAAGCUUCAUGAAGAAGUAUUAGCUGAAUAUGUGCGGAAAAUGAUGAAGAAAAAGAUUAAAUUUAAAGAUGAGAAGAAGCUACAACAGGCAGCUGAAGCAUUAUGCACAAACAGUCAGAGAAUGCAUAUGCUGUUUACUAGGGCUGGGUCAAACAUGAAACACUUGGAAGACAUCCUGCCCAAACUAGCUGAACUACUUACGCUAAAUGAUCCACAGAUCAUUGAACUUCAGCUGGUCGUCCUGUCUAACAAUUACCCAGACCUCUGUGAAGUGCAUGUCUCCGCUUGGCUUUACCUCAGGGCAAACCUGUCUACCUCAGACCUCAAAAAAAUUAAGAAGACCUUUGCUAUGUAUCAUGGUCAGACUUCAGAAAGCACUGUAGAAUGUCAGGAUCCUCUUCAUUCAAGCAGGAAUUUCUUCUCCAAAGUAACCAUUAAGUAAUUCUCUGCAAGACUAUAAAAUAAAUUUCCAAUUCUCAUGCUGUUUGUUGUAUUUAUAGUGUUUUAUGCUGUGCCUUGUACAAUGUGAAAUGGGGAAGCUACUGUAAUUGUUAAAACAAAAGAAAAAAAUGCGUAAAAAUGUGUGUUUUUUGUAUUUAUUUGAUGUGUCUUGUCGAGCAAGUCAUUAGUACAUGCCCUCUGUAUAGUCUUAACAAUAGUAAUCAGUAUCAAUAUCAUGUGGUGUGAUGCCUUUACAUGGAAAAGAACUGUAGUAUCCUGUGUAUUCUGUGUAUAUAAACAUUGUCUUCCUGUUUUAUUGCAGUGUAUAUUGACCCCCUCUAUUGUGUUGAACAAUGAAGUUACUAGAUAAAACUGCUGUCUUAACACUUGUUCUGGUAUGCGACCAAAAAUCUGUGAGAAAAGCCUCGGCCUAAUUACCAGAGGAUACAGGAUAUGAGAUUUCCUUUAGAGGAAUUUUUCCUUUAAGUAAACAAGGUGUAAUUACCGUUAUGAAUUAAACAAUAACAUCCAAAUACCUUACUGUUUAAUCGUUUAUUCCUGAUUAAAUAGAGCUGCUUGGGGAAGGUGCUAUGUUGUGCUACUGUUGUAGUGUUUUGUGUUUGCUUGUUUGUAUGUGAUGCUUGGUUCCCAAAAUGGUACACUAUGGGGACUAGUUCUGAGAAAUUAAAAUAAAUAAAUGUGUUAUUCCCUGAA